CUUGCACGGCGUGGCCACUUUUUGAAAGCUGAUAUCUAUUUCAGACACCCGUCUGCUCUCACUUUUUUCUACAGCUGACCUUCUGCAACCAUAUCUCGAACUUGAUCAGAAAAGGGAGGGGUCAAGCAUAUCGCACUGGUGCAAACCGCAAAGAUGAGCCAGAUUCCCCCAGAAGUCGAAGCACAUCACAAGAUCAUGCGGGAGACAUUCUUCGCAGUGGCGACCCCGCUCCUCACGCCGCUCAACCUGACGCUCCUCGUCCUGAUCCUGACGCUCGCAUACCUGCGCCUGCGCCCACAGUCGGCGCCAUCCCUCCCGCCGGGGCCCCAGCCCAUCGUCUUCAAGACCUUCACCCCGCGCACCCUGCUCAAGAACAACGGCACCGACAACUCCCCCGUCUACCUGGCCGUCCGCGGAAAGGUGUAUGACGUCUCCUCCGGCCGCAACUUCUACGGACCCGGCGGCCCGUACGAGAACUUCGCCGGCAGGGACGCCACGAGGGGCCUGGCCUGCCAGAGCUUCGACGAGGAGAUGUUGACCAAGGACCUGGAUGGGCCGUUGGACCCGUGUGACGAUUUGACCCCCGAGCAGGUGGACAACUUGAAUGGGUGGAUCGAGAGAUUUGACGAGAAGUAUCUGGUGGUAGGCAAAUUGCUCCCUUUCCGAAAGACCGACUUCCACUAGUUUUACGACACUCCCGGAUCUUCCGAGAGAUGAGAUAGGAAAAGACCUUGAAUGGGCAAAAGCAAAAGAUGUUCCGGUACAAGCAUGUUUUUUUCACGUUCAUGGUAUCUGUUAUCGUAGCUAAGAAGCUCUAAAGGUACAGUCUCGUAAGCCUGUUCACCAGCCAAACUCAUGCCUUGGUCCUCCAUUGAAUGAUCCCUCACCGAACCAACUCCUCCGGGUCCUUGUGUCGCCACUGGAUGAGAGCCAUCUCCAUCUAAGGGUAUUCGUCAUUCCUUCCAUCCACGCCUACAAUUCAUGUUUAGCGCUUGUGGCACUCUUGGAAGCAGCGCUGGCUACUGAACUGGCGGACUUGGAUGCAGAUGCAGAUGCCGUGGCAGCAGUACCUUGGGCUUGUCCAAGAACCCAUUGCAGUCCGCUCUUAAUUCGUUCAAAAAUGGUUCCUGAGGGCGUCGAUGUGCCGUACUUGAAAUAGUUGUAUUGCUUCUUGGCUUGGGCGCGGAGCUCAUUGGUGGUCGAGCCCUGGUAGUUGGGGACGCCAUAGCUGUCGAGAUACGAUUUCAACUCGCU